GUAACAAUAACCAACGAAGAAUUUAUUUGUGUGAUGGAUGUAUCGCAAUACUCCAAAGAUGAUUUGGAAAUUUCCGUCUCCGAUCGACAUUUGAUCGUCAAAGGUGAUCACAUUGAGCGAGCAGACGAACAGCCGAAUCAACAGUCAUGUCGGGUUGAACAUCAUUUUGUGAAGAAAUUCUUGCUUCCGAAGGUGUACGAUAUGGAUUCUACGAAGUCAACGCUAGACGAAAACGGUCUUCUGAAAGUGCGCAUUGUGAAUAAAGCGACCCAGGAGCCGAAAUUUGUUUAUCACGUUCCUUUAGAUCUACCGUGUGGUUAUGGAAACUGA